AUGUCAUCUAUUCACCCCUAUGCUCGACUUACAAUCUACUACCUCGUGCACACCACGAUCGUAUUCGUCACCUUGCUCUCGCUUGCACUGACCCUGACCCGGGCGUUCCUCGAGCUCCUCAAUGGCGGUCUCGGGAUCCUCCAAGUCACACUACGCUACGCUUCCAAACAUCUCGAAGACCACGAGUGUGCGACAGAGGCAUGGAGGGAUAUAGGACGAGAGGAAUUGAAGGUGCGAAUGACGGGUUUGAAGUGGCCUUCGAACGGUGCCGAGGUCGCCGGUGCUUUCAAGGGGGCCGGGUCGGUGUUCAGGGUCGUCGAUGAUGGGAUGGAGCAGGUUAUGGCCAGGGAGUUUAUGAAGAAUCGGAAAGUCGAAACGAGUCAACAACGUCAAGCACGAGAAGAGAUGCUUGCGUUGAGGAAAGCGGUGGUUGCUGAACCGCCGGGCACAGGGGGACUUUGGUCGUACGCCGGUGAGUCCAUCACAUGUCGAGUCCUUGCAGCUUCCACUGAUCAUAGUUACGGGGCUUCAGACAAUACCACAACUCGUCGUCAUAGCCGAGAAGGGAAUGUACCACCGUACACUCAACCGCACAUCGUCCCUCAGAUCCAACGACCUCUCGAGCAUGUUAUGCCGACUCGUUCCAGAACUGCCGAGGAAGCUGUCCAUGGUGAGGCUUCGUGCUGGGUCUACGGUGCUCGACCCAAAGAGCGUUUGAUUGACAUGCUGCCUCUCGCACACGUUCUUGGCCACUUGAAAAAUCUCUUCCAGCUUUCGUUCAUCGCGAACCCCAAGCUUUUGCUGAGCCUCGCACACGACACAGUACGUAGAGCCAUGCGUCGCUCCGUUGUUGGAAGUCUUUCAUCGAAUGGGUCUUUCUCCGAGCCUUUCGCAGACUCGGCGCCUCUUGAUCACCGGAGAGAGGUCGGGAUGGAAGGGGGUUGCAUUUGGACGGCGGCGGGGCAAUGGGAGAGGAUAUGA